GCCGUAGGCGCUGGGCCGCCAGUCCGCCGGCGAGCGCGCCGCGAGCGCACGCGAGUGAGUGAGUGAGUGCCAGUGGGGCCAAGCCCAGCCUUCUAACAAUACUCAACGGAAAAAUUGAACCCCAGAUGGGAGUUUACGAGGACAGGGGAGCGAUGCACUGGCAGCAACAGAACGAUCGGUACCUGUCAUCGUACGAGGGCGGCGGGUCUCUGUCGCCGGCGGCGCCGGCCGCGUCGCCGGGCUCCCCGCGUGACUGCACGUCCUGCCGCAAGCGCGAGCCGCCAGACGAGCCCCCGCCGGACGACUGCGCGGGCUGCGGCGCGCGCAUCACCGACCGCUACUACCUGCUGGCGCUGGAGCGCCGCUGGCACACCCCCUGCCUGCGCUGCUGCGAGUGCAAAAUGCCUCUCGACUCCGAGCAGCGCUGCUACGCGAGGGACAGCAAUAUAUUUUGCAAGAACGAUUAUUUCAGAUUAUACGGUUCUAAACGCUGCGCCCGCUGCAACACGCCCAUCUCGGCGUCGGAGCUGGUCAUGAGGGCCCGGGACCUGGUGUUCCACGUGCCCUGCUUCUCCUGCGCGCUCUGCAGUACACUCCUCACCAAAGGAGACACCUUCGGCAUCAGGGACUCGGCGGUCUACUGCAGGUUACACUACGAGACGAUGCCGGAGUACGGACCCCACCUGGCGGUGCCCGGGCCCCCGCAGCUCUGCCCGGGGCCCUACGUGCCCCCCGCCCACUACCCCCCGUACCCCUCCCCCGAGUUCCGAGGAGGGGAGGAUAAGGGGUUUUUCAACGGUGCCGCCGCGCCGCCGCCGAGACAGAAAGGACGGCCGCGGAAGAAAAAGCCAAAGGACCAGGAGAUUAUGACCGCGAAUCUUGGUCUGGUUCCAAAACGCGCGGGCGAAAUGGCGGCGGAUGGUCACCAAGCAGGAGAGCAAGAUGGCCGACAAGUGCUCGCCGGACGCCUCGCUCGAGAUGGACAUGUACCACGGGCCCAUGGGCUCCAUCCAGUCCCUGCCGCCCCACAGCCCCCCCUACAGCGUCAUGGGCGGCCCCCCCAGCCCAAACUCUAUGGAUUGUCCAUAGCCACAGUUUUGCGCUUUGUGAGCGCACUAGUGAAUGUGAGACACUGCCUGUGAGUGACCUAGGAACUUUUAACGAGAGAAACGCAUUAGCAAUUAUUACGUUCUUUUUUUUUAAACUUAUUAUCAGGUUAUUAUUUCCCUUAUUUUUUUGUUAAGUGUACUUACAAUAAAAGUUUGGCGAAGAUAACAUGGUACAUAUACUCAUAAAACUAUAAAAACUAAAUUGACGUAAAGGAUAUUUUUGAUUUAAUUAGCCAUCUCACCCAUCCCAUGCCCAUCUGUAGUCAUCUAGGCAAAAAGUCAUACAAGUAUAUAGUAUGAAAUUUAUACAGAAAUACGAUCUUAUGUUUCUGUACCGCAGUUUAUAUAUCGUGUACUUUACAUCUCAUCGUAUUUUUUGAUCAUAAUGAAAUAAGUAUUACAGUAUUAUGAUUUAUGAAAUAAUUCUUGAGUUUUUUUAGAAAAUCCAAUGCUGAUCCGAAAAAGCUGUAGUUUGUCAAUUGCCGUAAGCACCAGGCGGCUUAGCACGGUCACGUUUUUAUCCCUUGUCACCAUGCCUGUCACGUUCUAACAAGUAUGUAAGUGCGAAAGAGACGCGCAUAGUGAUAGUCAAUAAAAAUGGAACCGUGCUGAGCCCGCAGGGAACUACAUAUAAUUAGUAACAUUACAGGAAUAUUAUUAUUAUUUUUUGUUAUUCAUUGUAUUAUGUUUUUUUUUUAAGUUGCUUAUUUCCAUAUUCUCUGCACCAUGCUGGCAAUUUUUUUAUACAUCGCAACUGAUAAAAACAUACCUAUGUUGUGAAAAAGUCAAUAACGGUUUCCAUUAAAAUGCAGCAUGAUGCUUUUUCACGUGAAUAAAAAUAAUACAGAUCUCCCUAAGGUGCUAAGACUUUUAUGAGAUUAUCAGCUGAAUAAUGCAUAAUAAUGAAUAAAUAUUCAUAAUUCCUAAAUGCCACUUACGCCUUUUGGGUCAUGUACAUACAAUACUUCAAAUAUUAUUCUGACUCCAUUUGUAGUAGCCUAUUUAUUUAUUUAUUUUACGAUAAUAAUGAUGUCUGGCGUACGAGUAGGUAGGUAGGUACCUGCUCCGGAAACUUUUGUUGGACUUAGAACUGAUUGUUUUUCUUCACAUUGUUAUUUUGUAUUUUGGCGCAGUACUUUUAGUAGACGACGGUUGGUACGAAUCUCAAAAGGUUGUAAAAUGUUAGAUUUAAACAGAAAUAACAACAUGACGUAUCAUUGAAUUGUCAAUGUCAUGUUUAGGUUAAGAUCAAAUAUUGUCAAGUACUGAUGAUGUAAAGUACAUAAAAUAAAAUUAUAAAUAGGCUAAUUUGUUUUCUAAAAAUAUUGGGGUUUAAAAUAACCCUAAGUAUUGCUUAUUAUUAAUGCUAAUUAUGUAAUUGAUUCGGUCAAGUUGUGUUCUAAUGUACUUAUGAAGAAGACAAACAAAUUAUAGCCAGCAUUCAAUGAAUGAAUUACGAUACCUUUGGAUAUUGUGCUUUACCCAUCCUAGUGUCCCAUCCCCUCCCCCUGACGAACCCCCACGUUUAGCAUGAAAUAUGUCCCGGUUGACGGUUUUUCAUUAUUUUUAAGAAAAGUAUUACAGUUAGGAAUAAAGUGUCAAGUUACGAAAUAAUCUUAAAAAUGAUAAGACUCACCAUAUUCAUGUAUUAACUUGUUGAAGUUCAAUAUAACAUAGUACGUAAUAGUACUGAAAGAAAUCUUAUACGGAGAAUACGCUUGUAAGGAUUAGAUUUCUUUCAGUAGGUACUAUCACGUACUAUGUUAUAUUGAACUGCAACAAGUUUUUCAACGGUUAAAUUUUGUUGAAGUUCAUCUAGCCAUAACAUGAAUGGUGUGUCAUAUCAUAAAAUGAAUAUAACCUUUUUAUUAAUAAUUUGAUUGGGAUUAUUUCUAUCAUUGACAUUUUUUUCCUAUAUUGUAUACUUACCCCAAAAAAAAAUACUGUCAACCGGGACAUAUUUCAUGCAAAAAGGGGGGGUUGGGAUACUAGUGUGCGUAAAGCGCCAUACCCAAAGGUAUCAUACUACAUUCAUUGAAUGCUGGGUAUAAUUUGUUUUUCAAAAAACACAAUUUGACCGAAUCAAAUGCUGAAAAUACACAAAAGACUUAUGUCAUGUCCUAUAAACUAAAACAAGCCAAUAGUGAUCAAAAUGAAAAGCCAUAAUGUACAAAAUGAACUAGUAGCUGGUUUCUUAUUGCACACCGUUGUAUGGGGAACUUGCACUUUGUGUCUAUGCCCUAAAACUUGGCACAGUUGAUUCUUAACUGGUCUUGAGCAGAUACAGACAGGGAGCCGUAGAGAGCCACCUCUAAUUUAGUGGAGGGGAGGGGUGGAAGUUCAACGCUGCCGCGCCUCACUUGGAGAAAUAUUUCUCUAGAACUAUACCUAUUUGGGCAUGUGAUAUUUCAUUUUCGGAUAAAUUAAGGAUGAGGAAUCUAUUUUUAAGAACAAAAACAAUGCACUUUCUAUAAAAAAAUGAAAGAAUAAAGUAGAAUAGACUAAAAACGUAUUUAUAAUUUUAUUAUAAUUACCGAUUAAAAAAAAAUGUAGCAGAAUUCUGAAUAUAAAUAAAUAUAGUCGUAAAGCUACACUUAUAAGGUUUAAAAAAAUAUAUAGUUUAUUAUACAAAUGGGAGAUAAAAAAUAAUAUUAAGCGUGGGUCAGAGUGAUCUCAUAUUAAGGUGGGAAAGUUACUUAUAAUUUGUUUUCCAAUCGUUUUUUUUUUAGUUUUUCGUAAAUAACUCGUAAACGGUAGCCCACAGCAAUAAAAUAUCUAUUACGUAAAUAAUCUGUUUCAGAAUUAUUAUAAAUUAAAUGCUACUUUUUUUCGCUAG